UCAGGAAUUCUGACAAGUUAAAUAUACAUGUACAUAUAUAGAUACAAUGUGUUAGCGUGUGUUUCCAAACUAUCACUAUAUACAUCGCAUGUGAUGAUCAAUAUGAUAACUUUCAUUUAAACUUAAAAUGAGUUGUGUAUACAUUUUACAUUUAAUACUUUUUCUUGUGACCAGAGAUGCAUCAACAGAUUCAUUGAUUGCACACUCCGAGAAGACAACAUGGCUAGAAUCCUUCAAAUCUUGCAAAGAAGGAUUUGGCGGUUCAGCAAUUUUCAAACACUGUCAACCCAGUACCUGUAAUACCUCAAAUGCUAUAGAUAAAAUAGCAAAUAUAUUAACAAACAAGGUUGAAUACUGGAUAAAUGGUAUUGUGCAGAGGUCACCUGUUGUAGUUUACGAAGGUUGUUACUAUAUAAAAACAGCUGCCGUAAACAAAACCCAUCGUGGACAAUUUAACAUGUCUGAUAACUCAGUAUUUUCGUGUUCCCAUAAGUGUCCUUCCCUAACUCCUGGAAGCUUCAUAUUUAUGAACAAUGUAGAAUGUCUGUGUGUGCCAUAUAAGAAAUAUACAACGAUUACCAGAAGCUCGCAAUUACCAGUCAGCAAUUGCAAAAAUGUUUGUCCUGGAAAUAAUGAAGACUUCUGUGGAGGGGAACGAACAAGCAACUUUACUUUGUUCAGUGCAUAUAUGAUCCAAGCGGCUGACAAGACAAAUGACCAGUUCAAAAAUGACAUCGGAAAGACUUGUGGAACAACUAGGAAUGGAAACCUCGUUUACAAUUUCUGCUAUAAAGAAAACAAGGCUGUGUGUGCAGACGUCAAUGAAACAGACCUAAAUUGCACUAGCUGUGAGUAUUCUUGGUUUGAUUCCCAGAUCGCCUGUAUAAAUGAAGAUAAAGUUCUUUCAUCAACCAUAGGAACACAUGCUUGUACGACAGAUGGUUAUUGGAAUGGGUAUCAUUCAGCAGAGGUUAUCACAUGGGAAAAUUUUAAUAAAAAGUCCAAUCCAGAACUCUGUCUAAGAAUAGAGGUGUGGGGAACUGUAUAUAAACUUAAAGCUGGUAAUUGUACUGACAAACUGCAACCUAUAUGUGUGCUCAAAGACGAAGCUAGCAAUACAAAUGAUAUUUUAUAUGGAUCAGUUGGUGGUAUUCUAGGAUUAUUAGUUGUAUUUGCAAUUAUUGUUAUAGUGGCUAUACUACGACAUAAAUCAAAGAUACCAAAGACUUCACAGAAACGACCCGGGUACUAUUCAGAACCAACUGUGCCGACUACUUCUAAAGAGACACAUUCAUUAGUUAACGUCACCGAAGAGGGUGUUUAUAACCACUUAGGUGAUACACAUGAGAAAUUUGCCUCGAAGACUUCAAGCCCUGUGUAUGACGUGUUUGGUCAUGCGGAUGUUGAAUAUGACGUCAGCAUAACAAAUGACAGGCGUCAGGAAAACAUUGGAAAUCUCUAUGACUCCUCGCGUGCUGUCGAUGUGUAUGAUACAACACACGACCAAGAGAUUAAAAAACGGCCCGAAUCAGACACAUAUAACAUAGUUAGCACACGGUGAUUUAAAUGAAUAAUUAUUAAUUGAAUUUUAAACAAGUUUCUUUAGAAAUUUAAUUCAUAUAGGAGUGAAAGUGACGAUUUAUCUUAAAUGACAGCGAUCAGAUGCAUAUAUACGAUGAAAUAUGUCAAGGUGGUAAUUAUUCUACUAGCUUGCUUUGAAUAAGAAAAAUGUCGUAUCUGAUACAUUCAAAGAAAAAAGGUGUUUUAAUAAUUAGACCAUAAUCAUUUUAAUAUUAGUAACAAGUAUAAACUUAUUGAGAUACCAAGACAAUUUUGUUAAAGUUAUGAAUAUUGCCAUUUUAGGUUUUUUUCUAACAAUCAGUUUAAUACAAAGCACCUUCAUCUUCUGAAUUUAAGAAAUAAUUCAUGUGGCCUUAAAUUUAUACUGAUUUUACCACAAGUUGGCCCAUUGUGCUAAAUAUUUUACCGCGAGCGAAAGCGAGUGGUAAAAUAUCGAUAUAAAGGACAAAACCGUGGUAAAAUCAAGAUAAAUUAAAGCCUCCAUGAAUAAUUUCUAUUCUAAUAGGACAAGUACGGCAAUUCUUUUGGAUCGAAGCGCUCUAGGUGAAGGGAAACAUUUACCGUUUCCAUAAUUAAAUACAUUAUUAAUAUUGACGUAAAUGACAAACAAAACUACACUAGUCACAUUAUUAAACUAUUUACAGUAACAUACUUAGAUAUGUUUGGACAAAAUUAAAUGAUUAUCUGACUUUUAUUAUAAAAAAAAUGGUUUUUAACAAAUGUUAUCAUUGUU